AACCGGGGCACCGGGCCAUGUAAAACGAAUUGUGCGUCUUCCUGCUGAUCGGAUUGGUUGUUCCCUGUAGAAAGGGGUGGUAUAAAUUUGUUGUGCACUGUGAUUGGAUUAAUCCGAAAUUACGUUGUAGCAAACGGAAGAAGAUCUAACCUUGGCAGGGAAACACGUGGGUUUCAUAAAGAUAUGUAAAGUGGAGUCCUUUACGGAAUUAUAUUUAUAUAAAAACAAACAAAUACCAGGAUUACUCAAAAUACUAAACUGUUUUGACAUUUCUGGUGUCGUUACUUUUCUCUACGACUCAUAGGCUUUUUAGAAAUGAAUUAACACCGGGCGAGGAUAUCACUGUUGCCAUUUACAAUGGACCGCAAUAUCAACGCUGAGUUGGUAACGUUUGUCAUAUGGUCCGUCAUAACCUCACAGUCAUAAUUUGUGGACGCUGUCAACAGUUGCCUAUUGUCCCAUGAUGAAGACGUACCUCUCCAUUAUCAGAAACUGUAAGGUUGCACAGAGAUGGUCAUUCAGCCAUGCUACAAGAUGUGCACUUUCUCCAUCCCCAUCAUUCUGGAAUUGCAAAAGGCUCAUGGUGAGACGCCUGUGCACUGAUAUUCCGACCGAAGACCGGAACUAUUAUAUCACCACCCCUAUCUUCUAUGUGAACGCUGCCCCUCAUAUUGGACACUUGUACUCGGCUGUUACUGCUGACUUCCUGCACAGAUACAAGCUUCUACAGGGGUUCAACUCCAGGUUUGUCACAGGUACAGAUGAGCACGGACUCAAAAUCCAACAGGCUGCCAAUGCUGCCGGACAGGAUCCUCUAAGUUUCUGCACUAAAGUAUCUGAGCGAUUCAAAUACCUCUUCAAGAGCUGUCACAUCUCAUACACUGACUACAUCCGUACCACUGAGGAGAGACACCGCUGUGCAGUGGAGCACUUCUGGACCGUGCUUCAGAGUAAAGGCUUCAUCUAUAAGGGUAAUUAUGAAGGCUGGUACUCCACGCAGGACGAGAGCUUCCUCAUGCCAUCGCAGGUGGGAGAUGCCAAGGAUUCAUCAGGGAAGGAGAUCAAGAUCUCUCUGGAGAGCGGCCACAAGGUGGAGUGGAUGAAGGAGGACAACUACAUGUUCCGUCUGUCUGAGUUCCGGUCCCGGCUGCAGGAGUGGCUGGAGGGGAACCCCAGAGCAGUGCAGCCAGAACGGUUCCACCGCGCCGUUCUCCAGUGGCUCCAGGAGGACCUCCCAGACCUCUCUGUCUCCCGCCAGAGAAGCCGCCUCCAGUGGGGCAUUCCAGUUCCUGGUGACCUCGACCAGACAAUCUACGUGUGGUUAGACGCCCUGGUCAACUACCUCACAGUGGCUGGUUACCCGGACUCACACUCUAAAUGGUGGAGGGCUGCCCAUCAUGUCGUGGGAAAGGACAUUCUCAAAUUCCAUGCCAUCUAUUGGCCGGCAUUCCUACUGGCUGCUGACUUGCCCCUCCCACAGACCAUACAUGUGCACUCUCAUUGGACAGUGGGAGGGAAGAAAAUGUCUAAAAGCUUGGGGAAUGUGGUGGACCCCCUGGAGAGGUCUCAAAGGUUCACCAUAGACGGUAUGAGGUACUUCCUCCUGCGCCAGGGGGUCCCAGACACAGACUGCGACUAUGACGAUGAUAAAGUGGUCAAACUGCUCAAUGCCGAGCUGACAGACUCGCUGGGUGGCCUUCUAAACCGCUGCACUGCUCCCUCUCUCAACCCAGCUCAGGUCUACCCCCACUUCUGCUCUGACUCCUUCCCCAGUCAAGGGACUGUAGCACAUAAGGGGAGGGCUGUGGAUGAAGAUUAUCACAUGCUGGAUGCUGUACGUGCACUACCAGCUGUGGUGGAGCAGCACUACAAUAGUGUGCAGGUGUACAAAGCUCUGGAGGCCAUUAACCGGUGCGUGAGGCAGACCAACGGCUUUGUCCAGCGGCACACACCAUGGAAGUUGGGCAGUGGGGAUGGGAUGGACCAGCUGUGGCUGGACACCAUCCUCCACGUGUCCCUAGAGUGUCUGAGGAUGUAUGGGACACUCCUACAGCCCAUAGUGCCAGAGAUAGCAGACAAACUUCUGUCCAGGCUGGGGGUAAAGCCAGAGGAGAAGAGCUGGGCUGCUCUGGACUUCCUGGUUAAAUAUCAGGGAAAGGACUGCCCCUUUGAGGGCAGAGCACUGGGUCCUGACACUGGAGUCCUGUUUAAUCGUCUGGAGAGGCCAAAUGCAGAGAAGGGAAAGCCCAAGAAGGCUAAGAAAGCCACUAAAGUGAAAUCAUAAACAUGGAAAUUCUAUGUUUUCUAUCCAUGUAAAAUGAGUUGAAAUAAAUUAGAUUGAAUAUGUCAUUAGUGUAAUGCAUUAUUUUUCCUGUCUGUUUGAGCUGUCCUAACUGCUGCUUUUGUUUACAAUUGAUCAUUAUUAUAUUCAAAUGGUGUUAAACAUUUUUGGAUUUGAUUCAAAAUAAGGAAUAUAGGACCCAUCACGACAAGAGAUAUCACAACACUACAUAAAGGGAGACCCAAGACAACAUCAUAGCAUGGUAGCAACACCAGAUGACAACAACAUGGCAGCAGCACAAAACAUGGUAAGAGUUACACACAAGGAUACUUUGACACACAUGAAUGAAAAGGUAGUGGAAUGGUAGUGGCUAUGUAAUGGACAGAAAACAGUGGUAAUGAAUACACUGUAUAUUCCAAAGCACAAUGAUAAUAAAGGACUGUAUAACGGCAGGGUAGCCUAGUGGCCUCAACUCCUCUGUAAACUGGUCAUCUCUGUAUACCUGUCGCAAGACCCACUGGUUGAUGCUUAUGUAUAAAACCCUCUUAGACCUCACUCCCCCUAUCUGAGAUAUAUACUGCAGCCCUCAUCCUCCACAUACAACACCCGUUCUGCCAGUCACAUUCUGUUAAAAGUCCCCAAACCACAAACAUCCUCUCUUUUCAGUUCGCUGCAGCUAGCAACAGGAAAAGGUUGCAACAAACACUCAAACUGGACAGUUUUAUCUCAAUCUCUUCAUUCAAAGACUCAAUUAUGGACACUCACUGCCAGUUGUGGCUGCAUUGUGUGAUGUAUUGUUGUUUCUACCUUCUUGCCUUUUGUGCUGUUGUUUGUGCCCAAUAAUGUUUGCAUUAUGUUUUGUGCUGCUACCAUGUUGUUAUGUUUACAUUUACAUUUAAGUCAUUUAGCAGACGCUCUUAUCCAGAGCGACUUACAAAUUGGUUGCUACCAUUUUUGCAAGGUCUGUAUCAGCAGAUACUGGAAUACUACCAUGUGUUGCUGCCUUGCAAUGUUGUCUUAGGUCUCUCUUUAUGUAGUGUUGUCUCUCUUGUUGUGAUGUGUCCUAUAUUUAUAUAUUUUUUUAAUAUAUAUAUCCCAGGCCCCCGUCCCUUUUUGUAUUUUGGUAGGCCGUCAUUGUAAAUAAGAAUUUGUUCUUAACUGACUUGCCCAGUUAAAUAAACAUGUGUUUUGUACACUGCU